UUGAUUUGAGCCUUUCCAUAUUUGCUAAACUUUUGUUUUGGGGGCACAAACUCUCCAACAAUAUUUUGGUGUCUCCUAGCAGCGCGCACAGACAGCAUCAUGCGUUAUCACGGGCAUUAGACGUGAAAUGAAACAUGUAGACUGAGACAUUCACAGAGGGAUUAAAUACAUUAUUUUUCCCGGACGGCCACAGCAGCAUUCCGCUUGACUGAUAGCGAUGGCCUUGGAGGCAGACAGCGACAGAGGGUCAUCAAGGAGCGCUCAUGAAAAAUAUCCCCGGGCGGCGUUGGAGCGCAACGGCUACGUGAAGACAUGUGUCACGCCGCUGUACCAGGACGCAGGGAGCCAGUCGUGGCUGAGACUCGCCGUGACAUGGACUUACCAAGGAGUGUCGUCUGCGGUCUGCGUGGCCUCCGUCUCCGUUAUUCUCGCUCUGCUGCUCAUAUUGGUCGACUGGGAUGCAGGCAGCAGCAACGAAAAUAGCAGCGGGUCCGGCUCUCGUUUUCAUUUUGCGGCGAGCUGCGCUGUGGAGCUGCUUUUGACUGUGCUGUACCUCGUCUCUCCUGUUUUUACACUUAUAUGUGCCUUCUUCUGGGUCGGGCUGUAUCUGAUUCGCUGCGGGGUACUCAUCCGUACCGCGGUUUUCCUGCUAGCGGUGUGUCACUUGGGCGAAGCCGCGGCGCAGUCCCUCCUGCGCGGCACCGAGGAGCAGCUGCUGUCGCUCCCCGCCACCCUGGUUGUCCUCGGCUGCCUGGCCAGCGGGGCUCUGCUGGUCGUCCGGCUGGGACAGGGAGUGUCCAUACUAGUCUUUAUCAGCAUCAUCAGGGCCGUCUCCCUCGUCUCUCUGAGCAGAGUCCGGGCCAGCUGGAGACCCUACCUGGCCUACCUGCUGGGGCUGCUGGGGGUUUUGCUUGCGCGGUAUGCUGACCGGCUCCUGCCGGCCUCAGGGACCAGCGGGACGGGGUGCUGUGGCUCUGUGACCGGGGCGAAGGAGGAGGACAUCCCGGUCUUCAAGAGGAGACGGAGGUCCAGCUCCAUAGCGGCCUCGGAAAUGAUGGCUCAUACUCAGAGCAACUGCAAGUCCCACCGCAGGACUUCGCUGCCUUGCAUUCCGCGGGACCAGUCCUCUGGCACCAGUGUGACAGUGGACAUUUCAGUGAUGGGCGAGGCCCAUGGGCUGAUCUCAGACCUGCUGGCGGACCCUUCGCUGCCCCCCAACACCUGCAGCUCUCUGAAGGCUGUCAGCAACCUCCUCAGCACCCAGAUCAGCCUCCAGCCUCUCCACCGGCCUCGCAUCCCUGCAGACGCACACACCUUUUCCGACUCUGAGGAGGGGCCUGAGCGGACAGAGAAACUGGCCAUUCCAAAACGUCUCAGGCGCAGCUUGCCCCCAGGCUUACUAAGAAGGAUCUCGUCAACUUGGACCACCACCACCUCGGCCACAGGGCUGCCCACCAUCGAGCCAGGGCCGGUACGCCGGGAUCGCUCCGCCAGCAUCAAACACACCGCAGACAGUGAAUCGUGGAACAACUCGGUGAUGCUGACCAUCUGCAAGAGUCGCUCCAUGUCUGCCUCUUGUGCUGCCUCCGUCACCUCCAACCACCUGUACAGCAAACCACUGGGAAGACCAGGUUUCCCCCUGUCCAACGUAUCACCUCUGGGCUCUCCGUGCCCAUCUCCUCCCGUCCAGGGCACCCCUGUGUCCAGCCCCACCAUCAAGACAUGUUCAGUGCAGCUGCCCGAGCCCGCCGGGCCCCUGACUGAGCACGUCCGUGGCUCUGUGGCCCCCAGGAGCCACCACAGAGCCUUAACUCACAGCCAGAGUGCCCCAAGCUCCACCGCCCCUCACUGGCGGCCCCCAGCACUUUGUAGCAGCUGUGGCAGGCCAUUCAACAGUCGGCUAAACCAUGGCGUAGAGUCUGUCGAUAAAGGAGACAGAGUACCCCACCCAGAUGAGCGUGUAGUAGCGUCGUCGGACUACGACAGCACCUAUGACAGUACCUAUGAGACCAACCACAGUGACAGCAGUGACUUUGCACAGAAUGAGGAGGAGGGAGAAGGAGGCAAGAAGCCUCCCGAAGCUCAGGAAGGCUGCAGGGAGUAUCAGGCAGAGGGCAUCGCUCUUCACCCUCUCCUGCCGUCCCCAGAAGACAAACCCAUCGUUGCCCCGGAGCCUCUGGUGAUGCCAGAGCUGGAGCCUCUGAUGAACCAGCUCAACAAUUGGAAUUUCCCCAUUUUCAGUCUAGUGGAGAAAACCCAUGGCAGGACAGGCUGCAUCCUCAGCCAGGUUUCCUACAGACUCUUUGAGGACACGGGUCUGUUUGAGACCUUCAAGAUUCCUGUCCAAGAGUUCAUGAACUACUUCCACGCCUUGGAGAGCGGAUACAGGGACAUCCCUUAUCACAACCGGAUCCAUGCCACUGACGUGCUGCAUGCUGUCUGGUACCUCACCACUCAGCCUGUGCCAGGCCUCCCCACCCUGCCUACUGAGAACGGCACACACACCGACUCUGAGAAUGGCAUCACCCCUGGCACCACAGGGUUCCUGCUUUCCAAGAUGAACCCUGUGCUGGAGGCGGGCUAUGGCUCGCUGGCUGGCCUCAUCCCUGCCCUGGAGCUCAUGGCUCUGUACGUAGCUGCCGCCAUGCACGACUACGACCACCCUGGAAGAACCAACGCCUUUCUGGUCGCCACCAGUGCACCACAGGCCGUUCUCUAUAAUGACCGCUCAGUCCUGGAGAACCACCAUGCGGCUUCUGCGUGGAACCUCUUCAUGUCUCGACCUGAGUACAACUUCCUGGCUAAUCUUGAACAUGUGGAGUUCAAACGCUUCCGCUUCCUAGUCAUCGAAGCCAUCCUGGCCACCGACCUCAAGAAACACUUUGACUUCCUGGCAGAGUUCAAUGCGAAGGUGGGUGAUGAUGCAGUGUCAGGAAUUGAUUGGACCAAUGAGAACGACCGACUGCUGGUGUGCCAGAUGUGCAUUAAGCUGGCAGAUAUCAACGGGCCGCUCAAGUGUAAGGAGCUGCACCUUCAGUGGACGGAGGGGAUCGUCAACGAGUUCUACGAACAAGGCGACGAGGAGGCAAGCCUGGGCCUUCCCAUCAGCCCGUUCAUGGACCGCUCAGCACCGCAGCUGGCGAAGCUACAGGAGUCUUUCAUCACUCACAUUGUGGGACCUCUGUGCUCCUCCUACGACUCCGCUGCACUCAUGCCUGGGUGCUGGGUCGACAGCCUGGAGGGAGAGGCAGAGGCAGAGGAGGGGGAGGAACGACAGGACUCAGAGGAGGAAGAGGAGGAUAUGGCGGAGGAAGACGCAUCAACAAGUUCUGAGACCUCCCAGCGACAAGAAAAAAAGAAGGAGAGCAGGGGGAAAGUGUUUUGUGAGAUCACACAGCACCUUCUGGAGAACCAUGAAAUGUGGAAAAGAGUCAUUGCCACAGAAACCCAGGAGCAGGCCCAGAGAGAGGACCCUAACUGCAUCGGUGGCCCCGCCGAUCCAAUUACAGCCAUUCAUGAAGAAGAGGAGGAGCAAGCAAGCAAAGAGGAGGAGCCAAUAGAUGGUCAAGACGAAGGGGGAGAUGUGCAGGCUAUAGAGGAAGAGGAAGUCUUGCCUCAGUCAGAGACUUCAGGGGAAAAAGAGGAGGAACCAGAGUGAUUUAUGAGCUCUUACCUUCUCUUGAACCAGGACCCUAAACACUGUCUAAAAAAAAAAUGUUUGUUUCUCUCCAAACUAAACUCUUGAUACGGUAGCCAGCACAUCACUUCGACACGACACUGUAGAAGAUGUUUUGGGGUAAAAUGUGCCUAACAAAAACAGGGUUGGAGGACAGGGAUAAUGUGAGCCGAGUGCGUCUAACAAGGGUAGCUGGGAUGAGAGGUGAAGAGGGAGCAGAGGUAGAAGAGGAUCUGUAGACUGUGUGUCCAGUGUUUGUUGUAUUCUGGAUCAGGUGCCCUGCUCAUUGCCCCGCCCUCACCCAGGCCGCCCGUCCUGCGGCAUGGGCCAGCUGAACAGAUUCACGCAACCAGUGAAUAAAGAACUGUCACGUGCCCCCAACUGUGUUGUCGCUCCCACGCUAUCAGCACACUGUGGAGUCGCCUAUCAAGUUGUGCAAUUGCAACAAGCUCCUGCUCCAUGAAGACAAUGGGAUAAAAGCCAGGGAAAAAGCUGCAUCCACUGGGGCUCAGCCUUGUAGAUUUCAGAGGGAGACAGGAAAAAAGGGCCAAUUUUAGUACAUUUUGUAUACAAACAGACAUAUACACCCACACACGCACUUACACACACACACGCCACACACCACAUACACACAAAGCUACGGUAGAAAUACAUUCCAUGCCCGAAACAGAAUAGGAAGUUUAACAAAGAACCCUGUUGCUCUAAAAAGCUUUAUUCUUGCUCAAGGGAAAACACAACAAAACCAUUUUUUGUUCUGGUCACACGGUGUUUGUUUUUAGUCCUGUGUUUUCUCCCCCUCCGCUCCUUUUGUGUCUAGAAGUCAGUCCAGCACACCUACACGGUUCCAGGCCAUACAACUCAGGAAGACAGACCCCCCGCCGAGCGAGACACCACACUUUAGAGCUAGCAGUACCCCUACCACGGCUUCAAUAACAGAAAAAGAAAUACUGCUUACUUUAAUUCAGCACUGUUGAAGUAGUACAUUUUUAUUGACAUUAAAUGACAUUUUGUUUUUAAUAUGUCACUUUUUUCUUUUCAGUAUCCUGUGGUUCUGGCAUUACUGCACAAAGGGAACUGUCCACGGGAUUUUUUUUUUUUUUUUUUUUGUUUAAUCACAGUCGUCAUUAUGUCAGAAUCCUAUUGCAGUCUGUCAGUGUCCCAUUAAACGCUAAACAGAAUCCUCUCACCAUACGAUAUGUCACAUUAAAGCAAAAUUACAAGACAUAAAACCUGGUAAUCAGGUAUAGCGUUUUUUUUUUUUUUUUAAGUGUUAGUUGCUUCUACACUUUAUGUGACCCUCCCUAGUUACCUGCAUAAAUAAUAAUGCACCAACUUAUGGUGUGAUUUUUUCUCCUUUGCCAUAUGUUUUAUAGUUCGGUAUGUAAGCUGGCUGUUUCAGAAAGUAAAGAAAUCUGUGAAGCAGUAGUAGCCCAAGCCAGAGUUGUCACAGAGUUUCAAAUAGUGCAAACUGAUUUACCAAGGAACCUGAAAGGAACAUGAUAAAACUAUCCUGUGGAGCCCAGUGCUCAACAUAAUGCACGGUGCUUUCCUUCAAGGUUUUAUACAGCAUUAGAAGUGGCUCUCUGGAACCAGGAGGCUGCGUGUCCCUGCCAGGAACUGCAUCCAAAGGUCUAGAACCGUUGACUAAGCUUUUAUUAUCUUGGCAUGCGCUGUCAGACAACCACAGAGGCAAAGACAGCAAUGUAGAGAAAUUAAUAUCAGCCGCUCUGGGCCAGGAAAA